AAGAGUUGCCAUUACUGAAGAUUCUUAAUGCCAGAUAAUCAACCUACUGCCAAAUAACCAUGAAAGAGACAAGGUAGCUGCCCAAGUGUGAGAUAAAAACUGAUUUCAAUGGAUACAAAAUAUAAAGACGAUUUAUUUCGGAAGUAUGUACAGUUCCAUGAGUGCAAACUGAAUGCCUCUGACAACAAGCAGCGUCCUAUUAAUGAUGAGUAUUUGCGAGUGGCAGCGGCAGCCUUACUUUGCCUUCCCAAAAUUGAUCCCUUUUAUAGAUUCCGGUUGAUAAAAUUUUACGAGAUGGCUGAAAACUCACUGAGAUCUGUGAAAUCCUCAAGUUUACAUUCUCUCCAUAAUGCAUUCAGCAUGCUCGAGACAGUUGGAAUUAAUCUCUUUCUUUACCCCUGGAAAAAGGAGUUCAAAAAUAUUAAGACCUACACUGGACCCUUUGUUUAUUAUGUAAAGUCUGCUCUAACUGAAGAUGAUGUAAGGCAGAUUUUGAACUACAUGGGCUAUGUCCAAGAACUGGGAACAAUGUAUAAGCUCAAAGAGCAGGUUGAUGCCAUUCAAGUGAAAAUGGUUUCAUUUGAACUCUUUUUGGCCAAAGUGGAAUGUGAGCAGCUUCUUGAAAUUCACUUGCAAGUGAAGGAUAAAGGUUAUUCAGAGAUUGAUGUCAUAAAUGAACGAAAAAAUAGCAAUGAAGAUGUUAGAGGCUGCUCAGAAGCCAUGAAACGGCGUGCAGAGUGCAAAGAAAACUUAAACACUUCCAUGGCACGAAUGGUGCUCCAGAAAUCAGCGAGUGAACGGGCCUCUAAAGAUUAUUUCAAGCCAAAGGUGAGCAAGCCUUCUAAAUCAGUGGACACAUACGAUAAUUAUUGGGAAAGUAAGAAACCACCUUUGAUGAGCUCACUGAGUCUCAGGAAAGAACCAAUUUUAGUUGAUGCGGAAGAUGACAUUAAAGAUGAAAUUAUCCGUCCGUCACCCUCUCUUCUGACAAUGUCGAGCUCCCCACACGGGUGUUCAGAUGAAUUCUUGCCAACUUCAUCUCAUCACAAUGGCAUGCUAAGAACAAAUGUCCCUUACAGCUCCUAUUUUUCCGCUCAAGAGGACUUAGAUUUAUAUACUGAUCCCGAUUCUAGAAGUAUGCUAAAUUUUAAAAGACAAGAAGCUAUUAAGCCUGAUGUAUGGCUGUUAAAAAAUGAUGCCAACCCUGUUUACCACAAACGUACCCACCUAGCCAAAGAGACAGCUUCCCUCAAGUGCCAAAACUGUGGCGUACCUUGUGGCACUUCUGUUUGCCAAAAGUGUGACAAUCUGUUCAACUCUAGGCAGGAAUACCCAGCAAUGAAACAGAGCACCUAUUCGAUCAAACCACUUCCAAAUGAUGGCUUGUCUCCUGCGUCUGCUUUAAGGGAGAAAUCUCAGUACACAUCACAGACUCAGAGUCAAGAGAGAGCUGCUCAAUUCAGUUCAAAAUCCAAACCUUCAGGCACCUCGCGCUGCGGCUUUUGUAACCGAUCUGGAGCUGCAAACACUUGCACGUUUUGCUCAAAAGUCUCAUGUGACACUUGCCUCAAUGCUUACUAUUACGAUCCCUGCUGUAGAAAAAGCGAGCUUCACCGAUUCAUGCCUAACAAUCAGUUAAACUAUAAAUCGUCCCAGCUGUCCCAUGUAGUUUAUAGAUAGACUUGAUCAGUCUGUUUUGGAGGGGAAGGAAAGGGGGAGGGGAAAGGGCUAUCCUAACUAAUGUACUUACUCCACUGAUAAGAAAAUACACUGACCUCUUACAAAAACGACAUGUCCAAAUAUUUGGAACCAUGGUUCAGUGAUCAGGUGCCAGUUCUUGAUUUUUGUGGCUUCACAGAUGCUGCAGAUACAUUAGAUUUCAUGCUGCUAUAAUUUAGGUAACUCCUAAAUGAUCAUUACUUUUCAAUUUAAGUGGGGGAGAAGAGCACAUUUUUCCUUAAAACUUGGCAGCUGUUGCAUUUUAGAAAAGUGACAUCGCACCUUUCUGUUACAUUGCAGUCAUCUCCUUGCCCAAAUAAAACCAUGCAAGGCUUGAAAAUAAAAUCUAAAAGUGAAGAUUCUCAUUUUCUAUGAGUGAAGAAGCUACUGCCAGUUUUUGAUAAAGUAUGACUUUAAAAUGUGCAAGAAAUAUGUGAAUGGCUCGUUUUGCCAACAAGGACUAUUUUUUGAAGCGUGUCUGCAUUUCUCGAUCUCCAAAAUGCAAACACCACAGCAUCUCUUCCUUUCAUCUUUAUGUUUCUUCCUUCUCCCCUUAUCUCCCGGUUGUUUAUCUCAAGUUUAUAUAAUCUGAAUCUGGACAAUAUGUGCUUUAUUUUCUGGUGUUGCCAAUAUCAUCCUACUGGUUUUUACUGUAUGGUAUUUUAAAAAGGUGAACCUGUGUUCAUGUCACUUAAAUUAUGCCUAGAGUGUUGUCCUUCCAGAUGAGUACCAAUUUUCUUUACUUUCUGUUGCACAUGUAUUAAGUACUGUUCUUUGUACUGUAAAUAGGUAAUUUGGAAACAGUUUAUUUUUAAUAAAUAUUUAAUAUGUUGAGUUCUUAAAA